CGGGACGGGACGGGGCGUCCCAUUUCCUCCGGCCGCCGGGAACCUCCGCCGGGGCGGGCGGGAAGGACGAGCGCAGGGGCCGCGGGUGCGGAGGCACCAUCCAAGGACGCUUGUGGAGCCCACUAGCUGCUUACAGGAGCUGAACGUAUCCCAAGGGACCUUCAAGCAGAGGGAGCAGCACAGGCAGCCUGCCCAGGAGCCAAUAUGGAGCAGAGGAUCAGCUCUUUCUUUAAUUCCAUCUUGGAGCUCAUCCGUACCAAGCAUGAGGAAGGUGUCUUCAACACUGUCUGCCUGGCCGUGCUGAUGGGUCUGCCCUUUGUUGUCCUCAUUGCCUUCAUUUUCAUCUGCUGCCACUGUUGCUUCUGCAGCCGGAGGGGAGAAAGUAGGAAGAAAGGUGGCACCAGCAGCAAUGGGCAGCUGCAUGCCGAGAGGAACAAGAAGAAAAAGAAGAAGAAGAAGAAGGAUGAAGAGGACCUGUGGAUUUCAGCUCAGCCCAAGCUGCUCUUGCUGGAUAAGAGACCUUCCUUGCCCAUCUAGCAGACAGGAGGGCAUUCAGGCCCUCCCCUCUGAGAUGCCACUGGUCCUUUCAGCUGUGCACUACAGGAGGUGAGGAGAUACCAAGGCUGCUGCCACUUUAUGGUGACUUUCAAAAGAGGCUGAGCCCAGCAGCUAACUAGCACAUUGAAAGGCCAACAGCGAGCAAGGCUGUUGGGCACAGGUUUAUGCAAGCCCCUUCUCCCCCACCACGACAGCGUGCCCAAGGGCAGAAACCCCCACAAAGGACAGGUGUGCAUGGGGACAUGUGCCCUGCCACCAGGCCGUACGUACCUCCUACCACAAGCACAUGGCCCACGCACCAGGCUGGCACGCAGUGACGGGGCAUGAGGCUCUCCCUCUCAUGGACAAAGGUGCGCAGAACCACGUGCACGCAAAGACCGAGCCGCUGGCACACUCCCCCUGCACAGACGUAGACAGCUGCAUGAAGUGCAAGCACAGGCACACCUCCUUUGCUUGUCCUGCCACGCAGAUGGCACAGCUUGACUGUCUAAGGCUCCAUCCAAACCCAGCUCACGUUGGAGAUGCACAGAAAGCCAAGCGCAGAGUUACCCCACAGCUCAAAGGUGUGCCAUCUUCCUGGCUACCAAACCAAAGGCAACUGAGAGCAUCUGAAGACAGAUGCCCUCAGCCUAACCUUAGAGACCUCAAGAGCAGCAAAGCAGAAGGACGCGUUGCCACCCAGGCCAGAGGCAGGGAGGAGGGAGGAGGCUGCAAGACUGGCCUUUUUGCACCAGCACUUAAAAAAAAAUCUUCCUUGAAAGAUUGUUUUCUACAGACUUGCCUUUAGAGAGCCCACCACGCUACUGCAAGAGCGGAAACACAAGCUAAGGCUGUGUAAAGGCUUAGCUGUGGGCAUUAGAGUUAUUUAUUGAAUGACUACUAAAGAAGAGCAGGACCAAAGGCCCCUCUGUUGCGGGGCGAGGCACCCCAAAGCGGUAUUGAAGCAGCAGACACCCUUUCCCAACACGCUUGGCCGUCCCCUCUCCCUGCAGCCCUUGUGCAGAUGCAGACCCAUAAACACACGCCGCCACCAGCUGAUGCCACGCAGGCAGCUCUGUAGGCCACACAGAGGGCUUCUGUACAGCUGUCAAGCCAGCUGCCUCUGGGAUUUGGAAUGUGCUGGAGGAGCAGAGGGCAUUAAAGUUCAUGCCCGCAGUCGUCCCAUACCCAGGGAUGCGUCGUACAGCUGGACCCUGCGUCCCUCUCCGUCCUCCUCUCAUGGACGUGCAAUGGCUCAGCUGGACACAGCAGCUGAUGGGACCACACACAACUCUCACCCCUGCUCUGGGUUUGACCCUCUGCUCCCCCCCACAUCUGCAUGCCCAGCCUACCUCCUGGGGAGCUGGGGGGGUCUCCUCUGCCUUCUCCAGCUUGUUCUGCCAGUGAGGGAUGCAUACUUGUGAUAAGAAGCCCUGCCACAUCUGGGUUUUUCCCUGUGACUGUACACUGGAUGUUUUCCUCCCGAUUUUCUUCCACUUCUUAAGCUGCUGGAGCAAUCUGGAGCUGCCAGCCAGAGCCAGACAUCUCGGGGACAAGCAGCCAAACCCACGGAGCUGCUGGACACAACUGCUUCCAGCCCAGGCGAGAGCAAUGCUGCCUUCCCCCAGCACCCAGAGCACACACCAGCACAGGGGCAAACCCACCAGUUAGAAGCAGCUGCUCGUGCCACCCAGUCCCAGUGCAGCCUGUUUUGUCCAACUCGGACAGGGUGGUGAUGUUAACAUCACAUCAUCAUGGGUUUUGGCUGCGUGUGGUUGGGCUGGUAACAGCCAGGAGGCCAAGCUCCUCCUCAGACAGCCCUUUAAAUUGACCCCAUAUGUGCCUUAUUUUCCAGCUUGCUUUGUUAGCAUUGAAAUAAGAAGUGAGUCCCUUCUCCUCCAAAACAGGAAGCAACGUAUAAUGCUAUAAAAAAAUUAGGAUUUGGCAACACCUAAUCCUAGAGAGAAACAUGCACGACUAGCUCUGGGCUCUGUCCCAAAGCCCCCAGUCCAGCCAGGACCCUGGAGAACCAGUGCUACACUUGCAUUAUUCCUUCUUCCUUCCCUCCUUUCCCCUACCCAGGUACUUUUCCCAGCCCUCCUGCCCCCACACUCACCAGGUGGGCAAAGCAGCCUCCUCCCGCAGGCAGGAGAGCUACCCACACAGGUGUUCCUGCUGUCAUCCAGGGGCACCAGCAGCCUCAGAGGAAGGGCAGUGCUGCCUGGAGGAAUCAAAAAAAAAAAAACCACCCAAAACCAAAAAUCAGAGCGAAGGGAAACACUAUGGGAGGCCAGAGGCUUACCUGAACAAGCAGGGGCAUGGAGGCAGCUGGAUCUGGCAGAGUGCAGCCUACCCGGUGUGGAGCUGCUGGGCUUUGCAUGGCUGGCUCCCAGCAAGAAGGUCCUUUUCCAGAAGGAUUAGUGAGUAAUGUUUCAGGGGAGAGGAACCGAUUCCUACAAGAACCAGAGAACUGUCAAGAAAAAAAAAAAAAUCUGUGUUUUAUCACGGACAACAUCUCCAAUCCAAGCUUUUGGGAGUUCAGAACCAGGUCUGAAUUUCAAGAGCUCCCCAAAAUCAUCAUUCAAACCACUCCGGGCUAGGCAGGGAGGGACCAGGCUAUAACCCUGCCCUGAUCCAUCUAACCAGUGGAUGGCCUAACCCUCUGCACUCUAUAAAGCAGAGGGGGCUGACAUGCUCAAGAACAGCUGUUUUGGCCAAACCAAGCACUGAAUCAGCUGUUUCUUGAGACAAAAGUGAAAAAAAGCACCUGGCUGAAGCGCACCAGGACCUGGCACCCAUCAGCUGGGCAGCAGCAACCCUGCAGCACCCACGCUAGUAAAGUGGCAGGAGAUGCAUGGUACAGAAACUCCACUGCAUGGGUCCCCACUCUCACACACCUCUGCACUGCCCCCCCACAGCUGCGUUUUGGUAUCAACCUUUUAUUUUCAUAACCAGAUCAUACAACAGGGAGAAAAAAAGAAUAAUAUUUUUUGCAAUUUUUUUAACCAAAAAUAAA